CAAAAUAGACUAGAACUCUGGGAUAGCAUUGAUGGGCACGAAUGGCCGCCAUGAUGGAUUUUGUGAAACAUUUCAAAAAUGUAACAUUACAGUGAGAUUCGUGAGCCUCAGACGACUAUGUGAGCAUGGUAGUAAGGCUCAACCAGAUGCCGGUUGUGUAUUCUAGUGGUUAGUGCCACGAAAAACUGUAUAUUAUUGUGAAUUUGCCUUGAUAAUACAAGGCCAGCUACGUGGACAGGCUCAUUAGCAUAUUUGAGGUCAGGAACGAUGAGUAAGGUAUCGUUUCGAGCUCGGGCGCUGGACGCCACGAAGGCAAUGGCAAUUUUCAAGGCGGAUGAGAUACCUGACCUUCCAGAUUUUGCAACGAUCAACCGAUCGGUGCCACAGAUGCCAACUGGAAUGGAGAAAGAGGAAGAAACGGAACACCAUCUCCAGAGGGCUUUGUCGGCACAGCAGGUCUAUGGUACAUCUGAAGCUUUGGUCAUCCCCAUUCCUGAGAGUGAUGAUAUUGCUGAUCGCUAUGGCAAACUUUACAGUGAAGAGUUCAAACAAACCAAACAGUUCAUCCACAUUCAAGCAUUUGGCAUGGAACAAGAAAUUCCUGACUAUGAUAUGGACAGUGAAGAUGAACACUGGGUGAAUGAACAAGCCAAAAAGAUGGAGAUAACACCACUCAAGUUUGAGGAAAUGAUGGACCGCCUAGAAAAAGGGAGCGGACAACAGGUUGUGACAUUACAAGAAGCUAAAUUACUGUUAAAGGAAGAUGAUGAUCUGAUUAUUGCUGCCUACGACUACUGGCUGAACAAGAGACUACGCCUGGAACAUCCUUUAAUUUUACAAGUGAAAACAGAAAAGAGAGAUGGCUCAACAACAAAUAAUCCAUAUGUUGCUUUCCGGCGACGUACAGAAAAAAUGCAAACACGAAAGAAUAGGAAGAAUGAUGAAUACUCAUAUGAAAAAAUGUUGAAGUUGCGUCGAGAUCUGAAUAGAGCAGUAACAAUAUUAGAAUUAAUAAAACGACGAGAGAAGACGAAAAAAGAAAUGUUACAACUUACCAUAGAAGUAUUAGAAAAGCGGUAUCAGAUAGAGGACUUCAGUGGCACCAUGUUACAGGAGGCCGAGGCUCUACGACACAAGAUGCCUUCUACCUUCAUCCCUCAGUAUGCCUAUGGCUCAUCAGGCUGGGGUCAGACGGAGGAGGUGGUUGUGCGAAAAAAGCGUGAAUACAGGAAGAGGAAACACAAACCAGUCUUACAGCACCGUGAGAAUACAACCGUCCAACCCACCCGUCACUUUAGUGACAUUGAUGUCCUCCACACGGAUGUGUACAGCUCCGAAGAUGAAGGACUCUCUCCUGGCAUGUCCCCAUCUGAUCAUGAAGACGAGAAUGACCCAGACGGUCCCUUUGCCUUCAAGAGAAGAAAGAAUUGCAGUUAUUUUGCUCCUAUUUUGAAUCGCCUUGGGAACUGGUCUUGGCAUAGCCCUGAAGAUGGAGGCCUGGGGGAGAGAAAAUACAGAUAUAACCUCAUGUCCUUUUCAAAACCAUCGCGAAGUCAAGGCUUCUGUCGGCGGAGGGUAGGAAGGGGCGGCAGAUUACUUGUAGACAGAGCUUUCACACCUUGGGACAAUGAGCUGUGUCGAACAGACUUAUCAUCAUGUUCCGGAACAUCUUCAGGGAUAGCAGGGGAUUACGUAUCAUAUAUCAGGGAAAGAAAAAUACCACAUUUUCGUCCACAUUCACCAACCAUGGAUGACAUGAUAUCACAUGGGUCCAAUGUUACUAGUGCUGAGGAGGAGACGGAGUUUAAUUUAGAAAGUUUUCAGUCUCACCGUGAACAGCUACUGCAGAUGCAGCGGGCACAGGAGGAACAAUUACGCAAGCAUGACACUCUAAUUCUGGACAGCUCGUGUAGCAGUGAACUCGAUCAUUCCUUUUCUUCUCAACCCACCUCAAGAUUCACACUUGAUUCAGAAAGUGCAAAAUUUGCGGUGUCUGCCGUACUUAACACAUCGCAACUUCAAAGUGCAACAAAAACUGGUGCUAGUACACAGUCUUCAUCAUUGUCAUCUUCACCGUCAGUAUCAUCCACAAUCUCAAUAAAAGCCAUCAAACCAACGUCUAGUGUAUCGGUUGUAGCCAAACCUCUACCGACAGUGGCAAUUUCUGCAGUGUCGCCUGCAGUCACGUUGUCAUCACCUUUGGCAUCUGUUAUCCCUACAACAAAGACUUUGUCCAAUGGACCUAUAUCAGCACAAAGUAAAAUCACAGGGCUUUCAACGUCACCGGCAGCCACAGUGUUACAGUUAAAUUUUCCAAUCAGCAAAAACAAUAACUCAUCUGCUUCACCACUGACUACCACCAAAGGUUUAUCUUCUAGCCUGACCUCCUCCUCCUCAUCAUCCUCAUCAUCGUCUGCGUUCACACCAAUCAAUUCAAUAUCAAACAAGACUGUCUCGGCCGUCAGCUCAAAUCUCCUGAAAAAUUUCUCUAAGGCUGCACCACUGGAAAGUAUGAAGCAGAACCAUGACGAAGUGAGUCGUCUGAAUAACAUGAACAGUAUAAAGCAUGACAUGGCGAUGGAUGUGACCUGAUGGUAUAGGGUGAUCUGUGUUCAGCAGACUGUGAUCUCAUACAGCCCACCAAACUGGCACAGCGGCCACACAUCAGCCAGUGUCACCCAAACUUUGACAUGCUGGUGUUGUCCAUGGUCGUAACGACAAGCAGGAUUGUACCAAGUGCAGGGGAGGAUAUCUUUGAGACCUAACAAGGAGGAGUAUGAAGUUAGAUGUACAUCAAGAGCUAGUGUUCAAAUAGAAGAAAACAAUACACCCUCAAAACUAUUUCAUCUCCUCCUGUGUUAGUAAUGUGAGAAGUAAUUUGUUUCUCAGAUUUCUUCUAACUGAUUUUGAACGUAAAUAUGUUGUAAUGCCAAACGGAGAAAAUUUUGAAAUAACACUGUAUGUGGAAAUAAAUGAAACAAUUGUUAGACAGCAGUGAUGUCAACAAGAAGUAAAACCACAUCAAUACAUUUUUAGACUCGAAAAGCUUAAUAUGAAUUAAUCUCCAAAAAAUAUUCCUGAGAGGAAAAACGAAUCAGUCUAGCAAAUAAUGGACUUGACAAUAUGACUGUUUUGUUUUGUAAAAUGCUAUCAAUUUUGCAUGAUAAAUAGAGCAAUACUUUUUUCAAAUUUCUCCAAAUUCUGCAAUUUAAAAUGUUCGUAUUUAAUACUGUUUAUUUAUGCCUUUAUUGUUAACCCACCUGUUGUUUCUGUCCGCUCUGAAGUAUUCAAUCAAAAAGAACUAGAAAUAGGGUUUCAGUAUUGAAAUAGAGACACAAGCAUGGCAUGGACUGAAUGUUCAUCUUAAUUUAAAUUUUCUAAUUAUUUAAUAAAAAGAUAAUUAUAUGAGUUUUCAUUGCCUUCUAAUGGUAAUCCAAAGAUUAUGUGAAACAAGAUUUUGAUUAUGGGGAAUCAGAUUUUGUGUAUGAUUUCAGUUCGUUCGGGAAGCAUAUAUAUUGUAAAUCUGAAGCUAUAAAGGUUAUAUAAUAAGGCAAACAAAUAUAUUUUGUAUGUAUGUUUUGGGUAACAUGCCUGAAAAAAUGGGUAGGUCGGUCAUGAUUCUUUUUUUGAUUUUUUUUUAAAUAAAGGGGGGGGGGGGGGUAAUUUAAGUAAUUUCAAAAAUCAACAAACAUAUUUAGGACCUUUAAAUAAUAAUAUGGGAUUUAAAUUUGGUUUGGAUACCUGCCUAUGAAGUAGAGAGGGUAUAUAUAGUUGUCUUGUUUAUUGUCAAUCAAUUUGUUUGCAUCCAGUUGACAAUUUAUCCCAACACUGGAUAAAGUGUGUUGACUGGUUGAGGGAGAUAAAAAUGUUAGGAUUGGAGAUAAAAAUUAAGGUCGGUCGAGGUACCUGAGACAUACUUUUUUGGGGGCCUAACCCUUCAUUUGUUAGAGGUAUCUAUGAAUUUGACGUAUGCAUCACCCACAGAAGUUGUGUGUUAUUUAAAUAGGUCACAGUGACUAGUUUAUCACUUGUAUUGUAGUGGCAUCCCCCAAGGUUUUGCAGUGAAACUUGGAUGCAUAACAACAGGAGAAAUGUUUCUGUUUAACCUGAAUAAACCUCUAAAAUAAACAGUCUUCAAAAUAACCUGUACAACUGAAUUGAAUUCCAAAUACUUGUUAAGGUAAUUCACAGACAAGAUGAUCUAUCUAAAAUCCAAAUAUCUCUCAAGUUAUUCAGACAAUUUUAUCAAAAGACUCCUCUUGUAUUUUACAAUUGUGAAAUAUGUAACUGUGGAAUCAACUACUAGGAUUUAUCAAACAUUUACACAAUUAUGUGAAAAUAGAUGUAUAAAGUAGAUUGAAAAACAAUCAUUUAACUAAAUACACUUCAGAUUGACCUUUACUAAUGAUCUAAAGGGGAAUUUGUAUAAUGUAGAUCUGAAAAUUACUGCAGAACUGAAACAAAAUACAUCUCAAAACAGCCUAUUACCUUUUAAAAACUAAAGGGUCUUGGUAGACCUACUGAAGUAGAUCUGAGAUCCUCACACGAGGUACAUACAUUAAAAUAGACCAAAGCACCAGAAUUUGUAUCGUAAUUUUUGUGGUGAUAUUUUUGUUCAUGUCAAUGAUUUGUAUACUGGUGCACUGAGACAUUGUACUCUGCCUAACUCAGCAAGCUGUUCUACCUCAUUUUGAUACAAGCAGAAGAUGUUGAUUGCAGAGAUGUUCACACGAGUGCACAAUGAAGCCUGUGUCUGUAGACUAAUGGACACAGACUAUGAAAAAAACCAUGGGAAUUACUGUCCUUUAUACAGCAAAUUUUAUACUGCAUGUUUUUGUAAAUCAAAAAACAUUGUAUGUACCAUUUCUAUAUAUAGAUUUUGUUCCAAUUACUGUUUUCCUUCACAUCCGGCAAUGACAACUUCCCUUUAAAUACUACUUUGUUUUAUCUCUUUAAGAUAUAGAUAUAUAAUUUGUACAUGUGCUAUUUGUAAAAGUUAGCACUUGCAUAAACAUUUGUUUGUAUGAGUCCUUAACGAUGGUACAUCAAUAUUUUUUUGUUUAUAAAGCUUAGCAGACAAUGUGCAAUGCAAAAUGACGGUGAGAGUGACUAGAUAGAAUCUGCUCAACAUUAGUAGUGGGACUGGCUGUGUCUGUAAUGUGAAUAUACCAUUGUUUGAAUCAACUUAUCCAUUGCACCCGAAUUAAAAGAAACGUAUCAAACCAUUGUAUAUGUUGUAUAAUUGAGCAAUUUUGAAAACCUCUCACAAGCAAGUGAAGAACAUUAUCAAUAAUAUAAUAACUGUUUUUAAGCAUGCAUUGCUGGUUAAAGAUCCUGGUUGAGUAGUUUUAUCAUUUAUUAAUGAUUUGUUUGCCAUAUAAAAAGAAAUAUUACCAAGGAAUGGGAUAUGUGCCGAUGGAACAUUACCAUUAGCUGUAAAAUUAACAUCUCCGUUGUACCUUAUAUUGUUGUUAAUGGCCAUUGUAUGUGUUUUUUUCCUGACAAGCUGUUGAUAUGUCUGGAGGAUCUCUUGACCACUGGAGUGAUACAGGGUUACGUGGUCACAAAUACUACCAGGUGCAAUCAAGUGUAGAGGGAUGUGUUUGAUGUGAUAGUAUAGUCCUAAAUAUACAGAUAUAGUGUGUGACCCGAUACUAAUGACAAUUUACUAAGAAGAUAUUUCCAGGUAUUUGGGAAAUGCUGGUAGUAGUUCAAAAUUAUGAGCAUGUGUAUUUAGAUUGUUUGAAAAGAAUUAUGACGGACAAAUGAUAAAUAUACCCGCAGCAGGGCGAGAGAGGGAGCGAGAGAAAGAAUUAAUGGUGUGAACAAAUUAGUUUUGCAUGAUUUAUGUCCAUUAUGGUGUUUCUUUAGUGCUUUUUGGGUUUCUCGAUAGACCAUGACUCCCUUGGAGUUGAGUGCAUGCUUGACUGAGAGAAAAAGUGAAUGUGUGCAAAAGACUUCAGUGUGGUAGCACAAUGUAAUGUAUGGGUGUACUCGUGUAAUAGUCGACACGGUAUGUCAAGGAUUAAUGAAAAACAAUUCUAAUGUGUUCAGCUGUGAUACUGUCAGCGUUGUGUACGACGCACAGAGAAAACUUAAAUUACUGGAAAUAAAUAUUCCAAACUAC